CCGAAUCAAUCGCGAUUGACACAACUCUACUUUUAAUGUUCCAUGCGAUAGUAAUUGACAAUGACUUGAUAUAAAUAGGUUUUCAAAGUUUGCAAAAGCUAUUUUGGGCGUCAAAUUUGCUAACAAGAAAGUCGGAAAAAACAUUUGCCACGAAUACAAUUUUUCAAACAAUUAAAAAUAACUGGAAAUUUAAAAAAAUUGGAGGUUAUGACUUCCUUUAAAACAUUUUUGUAGAUUAUUGACAUUAGCCAAAAUCCAAGAUUACUUUUCUUUUGCAAUCUAAAAUCCCUUGAUCUUGGUAAAAUAUAAUAAUUUGUUUUAUCUUUAUCACAUACUUUGUGUUUCAUUGACUAUUGUCAUGUUCAUGUCUAAGUGUUAAUUUGUAAUGUCAGAUAUCCUAUAAGCUCCCUGUUAAGGUAAUCAAAAUGUGGGAAAUUCUGGCAUUUGGAAUGGUCCUUCUAUCAAGCACUGGCGGCGCAGCAUCAACGGAAACUACACUUACAAUGUAUCAAGCAGUGAUUCAAAAAUGUCCGGGUGUUAAUAAUACUAGCAUAAAAGAUUACCGAGAAUUUUCGAAUUGCACAAACUUUACACGAAUCAGUGCUACAAAAGAAUACAGUGAGAGUACACGGAUGGAUUUGCAGUGCCUUUUGUUUUAUGAUGCUUUGGUAUCAUUUUGUACCGAAAUGGGUGAAUUCAUCACUGUUUUCUCCAAUUUUGGCAGCCUGCAACUGAAAAAUAUCGGAAUAGAAUCUGUGUGUGGCAAAUCAGAUCCAUUAUUUCCCCCUGAGAAAAAAUUUGAGCACAAUCUCACAAAUAUAUUUUCCAAAGGAUCAAAUUGUUACCAGUUGUGCUUGAAUGACAUUGAUAGGAGUGUAAGCAGUUAUUGCAUAUUAAGUCUCUUAUAUGCCACCCUAAAUACAACAAAGUUGAGGGAGGCAGAGCAUUUAACCAAUCCUGCGCUGGGUAAAAAUAUUACUGUUCAAGACAGCCAGCUAAGUAAGAAUAAUACAAAUACUACAAAAUUAAGUAAUGUGCCCAAGCAAAGUUCAGUAAAAGAAGAAAUUAAACUAGAGCCUGUUCAGAAUAAAGCAGGCAUUAAAAACAUGAAUGCCGGUUUGCAGGGUGACAGUGGCUCUCAGCAACAAAAAGUUGAAGACGAUAAAAGCAAAGAUAAGUUAGAGAAUGUUAUGCAAGAGGCAAAACCUGUUGGACCUUUGCUGAAGAAGCCUGUAGAAACUGAAGCAGAUCCUCUGAAUGUACCAAUCCAAACUGAACAACUAAAACAGCUAAAGACUCCAAAACUUAUUACCCCAAAAGUUUUAAAAUCUGAGAUGGAAGAGAAGAAUGAUAAUAUAGUAGAAGAUCAAGUGGAUAACAUAGAUCAACAAGACGAUGAGGAGGCUGAGCAGGAACAGGAGUUUUUAAAGAAGAAUGAACCGCCAGUGCCAUCAGAAAAUGAUGAUGAUAUUGGAAUGCCUGAACUGGAGCAAAUAAGGAAAGAAAAACCUCAUACUCUGGAAGAUGAGCCCAUUAAUUCAUUUGAUACCACUGAGGACAUGAGCGGAGAUUCAUAUUUCUUCUCCUAUUUUACAGUUGUUAUGUGUUUGGUUAUAGUUGGAUAUGUUGGAUAUCACAACCGACAAAAGAUUCUUGCUUUAAUUUUGGAAGGCAAGAAAGGCCGAAGACCGCCAAGAAGUCGCAGGCCGAACUCGGCCAACUAUCAUAAACUGGAUAGUAACUUGGAGGAAGCCGUUUCAUCAUCCUGUACUAAAUCCACUACCAAUGUAAUUUAUUAAUCAGCUUUCAAGGGUUUCAUAUCACUUUAGACAAUAAUUCCCAUUGUAAUUGGCUUGCUGUUAGAGUAAUGUUUUUUUCUUCAAAAUUUAGUUAUGGUGCCGAAUUUGUAUAAAUGUAUAUAACAUUACCUAUAGUUUUCCCUGGUCACUUCAUUACUUAACUUGAAAUUUUCGGUUAUUGGCAGUUUGCAUAAUAAUCAUUUAAUCAAUAAAU